AUGCACCGUGGCACAGAUCUGAUUUCAGUGCCACGCGACUGCCAAGAGGCGCCAGAGGUAGGUGGGCAGACCAGUUUGCUAGAUCCCCUGCGGCACAUAGAGCGGCCGUUAGUUGACAGUGGGAGCGCUCGACUAUGCCGCUGGCUGCUGGAUGACAUGCUGUCGUUCGAACACAUUUGUAACCAAGAAAGGCGAUGAGGGCUUGGAAGGGAGGAGACUCGAACUGGGAGGCUCAGUCUGUCGCGGCCGCUGAUAGGGUAUCAAAUUCGAAGCUCAUAAAUUUCGGAUAGACUAAGAGUUAAACAUCGUGAAAAAUCGUCUGGGACAUCCUUAGUUCCCGUACGGUUACAUGCCAAAAAAACAGGAUAUAAUGGCUUCAUUUAGGCCCUUCCUUAGUGCUGCCAGUCUCUUCAAAACACGGAAAAACCGAAAAUAAGCUCAUACAUUCAUUUGCACAUUGACUUCAUCAGUUUUGAAUUUUUGUAUAACCAAUGACGCGCAAAUUGAGAGUAUGAUGUAGGUUAAAAAAACUUCUUUCAAAAGGAAGAUUAUAAAUAACUGAGGAGGCGAAGGAGAGGUUGUGUAAUCCCACUGGGUUCAAUAUGUAUCACUAGCUGCUAUAUUUCUUUUAGUAGACCUUAAUUCAAUUAUUAAUCGACAGCUGCAAGAAGUCCCCAUUCGGACGUCGUCUAGCGUAUUUCUAUAACUGCAUGCCCCGAGUUGUUUCAGUGUGAACUGUUAAGUAGUAAUUCAUCUAGCAUGACCCUGGCUUCGAUUUUCGCUCCCUUUCUCCGUGAUCGAUGUGCUUUACCUUGAUUUCCUUGUUUUGUGAUUGCACUUGAUGAUCUUGUCUCCUUUAAUACUCACGCAGAUGCCCCUCUUGAUCAUAUUCUGACCAACCACAGCAAGAUUUUUGCGUUAAAAAUAGGGCUCCCUUGUCAGGUUCUGAUCAUUCCCCUUUAUUUUGUCUUCCAAAAAUGUAUUCCACUUCUAAACGUGCACCGCUAGCCAAGCCUGAGAGAAAGGUUAAGGUUCGCAACACGUCCGCACAAAACAUUUUCCUGUUUCAGAUUGGCAUUUCUUGUACUAUCCCCGCUUUCCUUGAACAAUUGAAUGUUGAAUCCAGUUCUUCCAACCUAACAGCGUUUUUAAAUGAAAUUUUUGAUAUUUGCUGCCCUCUUGAUACUGUAAUGGUACGAGCGGAUAUAAUUUCUUGUCCCUAUCUGAAAUCGUUAUGACGUAAAAAAGAACUCCUUUCAAGCUAGGCUUACGUGACAGCCUUAAGGAUGUUAGCGUCUUAAUAAAAACAGAUAUUAACAAGCUAAAUAGCCUGUUUGUUAGCCAACUUUUUACCUCUUCUUCCACCCCCUCUUUUCCCCUUCCUCUUCUGAGAUUUAGAAGAAUCUUAGGUGUCUCAAUGGCCAUCGCAACACAGUGGUAGAUGUGGAUUCUGAUUUAAAUAACAACUUUAUAUUCAGUCACAAUGACUCGCAUCGUCCCUCAGAUGACAUUCCUCUAUGGCCAUGUGCCUUCCAACCCGUGUCUGUGGCAACAAUAGAGAAACACCUUAAAAAGGUCCGUAGAUCAACAGCUGCCGGAUCCGAUGGCGUCUUGCCUUUUCUUCUUAAAUCAUGUAGUCCUCAGUUAGCCCCUAUUUUAACACGCCUAAUUAAUAUGUCUUUUAUGGAGUCCAAGAUUCCGGACGCCUGGCGUACACUGAGAAUCACUCCCAUUCCCAAACAACUGCUAAUUUUGAUCCUAAAUCUUUUCGUCCAAUUGCCUGCUCCUCCACACUGCCUAAGCUUGCUGAAGGAGUUGCUCUAGGUAUUAUAAAGCCUUCUUAUUCCAGUUUUUCCGAUCAUUUACAAUUUGCAUAAAAAGCUCUUGUAAUCCACUAUGCUCUAAAAGAAUUAGACAAGGGUUGCCGCGAGUACGCAUGCGCUUUUCUUGACUACUUCUCCGCCUUCAAUACCAUCCCGCGCCCUCUUCUCCUUACCAGAACCUCGGCGUGCGGCUCUCCAGGCUGGGUCGUCUCCUGGCUUUGCGAUUAUUUUACUUCUCGCACUGAAAUUGUCCAAUCUGGCAAGCGGAAAUCUACGAUACUUCCCAAUGACUGUGGAGUUCUUCAAGGUUCAAUUCUAUCCCUCACCUUUUCUACCUCCACACCGACGGUCUAAGAUCCACUAAUGACUGUCUUUUAGUUAAUUAUGCUGAUUAAGUGAUUGUUGGACAUCCUCUCAAAUAUCACACACACCUGCAGUAUCUAAAGGCUAUCCUUAACCAUGUCCCAAUAUGGUCGGAGGAAAAUGGUCUCCUAAUGAACAACCAAAAACCAUUUCAGCGUAUUUUCCGACUGCGGCCCUCUGCUAGUCCUGAAUCCUCUGACAUCCUUCCUAAUGAGGAAUGCUCCUUCAGGUACGUCAGCGUUACUUUUCCCUCAAAUCUUUCAUUCUCCCCUCAUAUUGUGUCUCUAUUUACGUUUAUUGAAGACUCGACCACUCCGCUUCCGACCAUCCAGGCAUUGACCGGGGCAGUUCUAGAAACUAUAACAUUCACUCUGUGGGAUGUGACUGUUGCGAUUCGGAGUUUUCGUCAAUCUUCUAGUCCAGUACCUGAUGGUGUCCCAGUAAGCAUUUUAAAAGCCGAUGCAAAUACGAUUUUCCCAUCCAUCUUAUGCAAGAUAUUUAAUCUCGCUCUUGAAAGUGAAGCUUAUCCUACCUUGUGGAAGGAAUCACACAUUUUGCCCAUUCCUAAGCACAGCAAAUCCAAGUCAUUUGAUGACUUUCGACCAAUAAACACCCUCCCCGCAGUUUCGAAGAUCUUAGAGACAUAGAUCAAAGAUAAAAUGAUGUGUCAUUUAACAGAGAAUAACCUACUGAGUGUUGCUCAGCAUGGAUUCCUCAAAGCUCGAUCUUGUGACACCUGUCAACUCUCUUUCUUUGACUAUGUUCUCCAAUCUAGGGACAAUGGUUCUGCACUUUACAUAAUAUAUUUCGAUUUCACUAAGGCUUUUGACCGUGUUGACCAUGCUCUUCUUUUCUUGAAACUGUCCUCUGUCGGAAUAGGUGGCGAAUUUUUAAAUUUUAUAUCCUCUUACCUGGACGCAGGUACACAGCUAGUUAAGAUUUCAAAUGCAAUUUCCUACGUCACAAGUGUGAGGAGUGGAGUCAUUCAGGGUAGUGUACUCGGGCCGCUUUUAUUUUGCCUUUUCGUUAAUGAUGUACCCGAUUUAUUUCAGAAUGGUAAGCCUUUCAUGUAUGCCGAUGAUCUUAAAUUUGCAUAUCGAUAUAAACUGGAAGAUCGUGACAUCGUGCUUGAGCUCCUAAAGAGCGAUCUACAGGCUUUCGCCCAGUGGUGACGCACAUGGCGCCUUUCCCUUUCUUGGCAUAAGUGCUCAGUCAUGGUGGUUGGCGACGACCACCAACCACAACUAAGUAUUGAAGGUCACGCUAUAAAUGUGCCCAGGGUUAUAAGGGAUUUGGGCGUAUCAUACUCCAAGAGUCUCAAUCUCUCGGAGCACUGUGCCUUGAUAGUCUCCAAAGCACGUAGAACGACCGGGUUUAUCCUCCAAAACUAGGGACAUUAGAAUGCGCCUUUCCAACAUGUACUUUAGACCUGGCCUGGAAUACUGUUCGUUUUUAUUUAGCCUCAUGCGUGCUACUGAGCGGAAGGAAAUAGAAUCCGUUCAACACUUUUCUACCAAGAGAGUUUUAACCCCGGAACACCGACGUUUAUCUUACCAAGAACGUUGCUGGCAUACAGGCCUUAAUCCUUCUUGGUUCCGUAGAUUACAAAAGGGACUAUUUUUGCUAUUUAAACUUUUAUAUAAUCACGCAUUUAACCCACUCACCUCUUUAAGACAUCAUGUCUACCCACGACGAAAUAAUCACCGUGAGGUCUUUUUAUUUCUUCCUCUGGCACGUACAGUUAAACAUCGUCGGCUCUUUUCUGUAAAUGCAAUUGCUAUUUGGAAUAAACUACCAAUGAGUGUGAAAAAUCUGCAAAAUUAUCCUUUAUUUAGGAGAACUACUACUCGAUUUUUGCAUUCAGAAAAGCUCCCACAAAUUUUGGGUGCUGAAUCCACUGAUCGACUCUACCGUAGCGAUGGCGUUUGUUUGUAUGUCCGUUCUCACCAGGGACAAUUUCUUUGGCCAACAGCGACAGCUGUUCUUUGGCGCCUCUAGUGUGACUAUCCCCGAACUCAGGAAAGGAAUUGGCGUUUGAUAAUCUCCGGUACCAUGCAACCCCUCCCUUCUUGACGGUCGACAGUUUGUGAAAAGCUCCCACACAUUUUGGGUGCUGAAACCUCUGGUCGACUCUACCGUAGCGAUGGCGUUUGUGGUCUCUGACCACUAUGGUCGGUUUCACCAGGAAAAAUUUCUUUGGCCAACAGCGACAGAUGUUCUUCGGCGCUUCUGCUUGGACUAGCUCCAAAUUCAUGAAAGAAAUUGGCGACUGAUAUUAUCCGAGACCGUGCAGCCCCUCCCUUCUUGACGGUCAAAAGUUUGUCGCCAGCAGAUUUUUCCUCCUACUCCCCAAAUCAUAACUACCCACAGGAGUUUUUUCUCACUGCUGGCCGGAUUUGUUUUUAACGCCUCCCUGACAAUGCCUGUAAAGUGGCAUUAAGUAAAAAAAUCAUUAUCAUUAAAGUUCGUAAACUUCUUUAUCACAUGCGUCGUUUACGUUCCUGCCACACACCUCAACCCGUAGUCUGGCGAUUAAUCGAUGCCUGCAUUCUUCCUCUUAUCCUACACUACUCUCCUGUUAUUUUUACCGCCUUGCUUAAGAAGGAUCUUUUAGUUUUGAAACAAGUCCUCCAUAUACUCUUUUCUGCCGCUGGUGUUUCUUUUCUUUUUUUAGUCGACACUAUCAUACAACGACAUUUCAAUACGGUCAAGCAAUUUGCUGGUCGGAUUAUAGAUGACGUUGCCCAUCGCUUGCAUCUUGAUCUUAUUUCUGCGAAGCCUUCCCUCCAGAUGCGCCGCAGCUUCCGACUUAUGCCAUGUCGCACAUCGGCUUUUCGAGCUUCUGUUUUGUCAUUCAUGGCGCGCUAUCUUACGUGCGAAGAGAUAGAAAUACAGAAGCUAAGACUUGAUCUAUCCUCAUAGUAAUCGUUUUUUUGUGUUAAACUUUGACGCUUCAAUAAUCUAUUGACUUAUUUACUGUCCAUAGUGAAUGGAGUCAAUCUUUUGCUGAAAAUUUUAAAUUUAUGAUUUCGAUAUAAGGCGACUUCCUCUCCUCUCCUCUCCUCUCCUACUCCACUUGCAUUGUCGUUCGUUGUCGAUUCUGCGCGCCGGUGCCUUGGAGCUAAGGCUAAUUUUGCAGUAUAUGGAUGGAUGUCACUUGUUAAGUAUUUUGGCGAUCAAGAAUAUUAUACUUAUCAUGGAUGCCGGAGAAUGUUGAUUUCAGUCGAGUACAGCAAUUACGAUCUAAUUCAAGCGUUUAGGUUGCAAAAAGCACUAGAGACGAAUGCCCAAACAAAGACAUAAUUUUUCUUGACUUUUUCCUAUCUGUAUCCCUCAUGAGGCAAAAGCCACUCUUCUUUUUAAACCAGAGCAAUAAUAAGAUUACGCUUGGUUUCAGCUCUGCCAGCACAUGGCCCCUUCAUAGGCGGGACUGGGAAGGGGCUGGGUGGGGCCAGAGCGCCCUCUAGAUUUAAGCAUUUUGAAGCUUAUUUGCAUCGAAAGUUGUGUUUUAUAAGCAACACUCAUUGUACGUUCUUUGGCAUUAAAAGGAGCUAAUUUAUCUAAAGUGACUUAUAAAUCAUGGAUAAAGCAUCCGUUUACACCCGCGGGUCGCGAAUGAUAUCCUGCGUCAACCAAUGCUGUUUUUAUGCUCUUGAUACUUGCUUUAUUUAAUCUAUGUAUCUUAUGCUAAUUGUUUUGGUAUUUACUCACCAACUAGUUCAAGUAGUCAACUUGUAUGCCUAUGUAUGUACUAUUUAGCAUUGGUGUUCAUCGUCCACUUACACAAAGUGUUUAUCGUUUUUUACUGGAAAUCCAAAGCAAUUAUGAAGCGUAAUUACCAUGGCUAUCACCGAAUCACCAUAUACAAGCGCAUUAAGCGCCAGAUGAAGGCUCAUUAUGAGGCCACUGAAGAGCCUGAGUCUGAGGUUUCCUCGACGUCGGCAGCAGUUGGCAAUUAAUCCCCCAAAACCAGAAAUGCCUAUUCCGAGCUCUAAAACUUCUGCCGACAGGUAUUAUGUGUGUGCGCCUCAGGGACUCAUCAUACAGGUCGAUAUUUUAAAGGAGUGCCAAAAAUGGGCGGAAAUCUGGCGUCCCCUGCGCAUUUUUUCGCUGGUGGGGCCAGGCGGGACUGUCGCGUAGAAUGCUCCGCCGCAACCCCUUAUACAGCCCCAUCAAGCCCCCUCAUAGCCCCCUCUAGCCAGCCAUAUUUGAGGGGGUUAGGCGGGGCUGGUGCUGGCAGGGAGCCGAUAGCGCACCUGCUCUACCAUAAUUUUUUAAAUUGCUUCCAGAACAAAUGGAAACUGACCGAAAAUACAUGUUUACGAAUUAGGUGACUUCAGCUAAAAUCUUAAACAACCCAAAGAAGAAAUUAGUUGGUCGGCAGAGGAUCCAUCUGCUUCUACUGACAUGCAGCAACUGACAUUAAGCAACGUCAAAUACUGGAAAUUCAGCUUAUGAGCUCGAUGAUCCACCUGAAUGGCACCGCCCUUCAAUACUAUAACUUCUCAGGCCUCAGAAGAUGUCUUUCUUCGAUUAUCUUAGCGAGCUCGCAAAGAGCUUGUAAGGAGAAUAAAACCGGUCUAGAUACUUGUUAUUCCGUACUCACACGUUCUUCGAAACUUUCGGAUCCUCGUGACAACGAAAAUGAUGGCAACUUUUUUUAGAGCUCACAUGGCUGUAGCCAUGUGGGCGCUAGUUUAUGUCAGAUUUUCAAAAAUCCGACAUAAACUAGCAGAGGAUUCAUCAACCCUGAAUAUCUGUCCAUUCUUCUAGGGAUCUCGCUAUAAAUAAUAAUAAUAGUGUAUUUUAGGGUCAUAGGCAAUGCCCUUGAUGACCCUAUUGAAAACGGUACAUAAAAUAAAAAUGUUAAAUGUACAUUUUACUAAAAUUUUGUCAGUAACAUAUUUGUUCACGGAAAACGUUCACAAUGCGGGACUGCGAAGAGUGCGGCAGGCGGUCUUCUCAGUGUACAUAUACAAUUUUAAGUGCAGUUAUAUACAAUCAGCAUAAAGUGCAGUCAUUUGCAUAGUUUGAGAGGAGGCAUCUAAUUAAAAGUCAGGGAUGUAUAAAUUAGGGAUGAAAUCAAGAAAUGAAAUUCAUGGCUGGCCGCAAACAGUCUCGUCGUGGAAGUCGUUGUUUAUCAAAGAUCAAACGAUCGAGCUGCCUUUUGAAUACAGUGAUUGUAUCAGAUGCCACUAUUUCACUUGGGAGUGAGUCCCAUGGUCGAACAACACGCUGGCUGAAGGGAAACUUCCGAUUGUCUAGGCGUGUACGCUCUCGCUUGACUUGGUAAGGGUGACCGCGCAGGUGACUCGUGGUCGUGAAUUCAAAGAAGUCGUCAGAUUUGAGCGAACAUUCAUGCUCGUGGAUAAUGCGGAAUGUCCAUAACAGGUCACACCUCAUUCGUCUAUAGGAUAGGGGGAACAAAUCUAACUGGAUCAGUCUUUCUGGGUAUGACAGAGUCCUGAGACCGUCCACCAGUUUUGUGGCCCGUCGUUGCACCUGCUCUAUGGCAUCACUGUGUUUCUUCAUCCAGGGCAUCCAUGAUGGCAUUCCGUAUUCCAAGUGCGGUCUGACGAACGUGCCGAAUACCUGUGAGAAGAGUUCUGGAGGAAAGAUUUGGAAGGCACGCCUAAUCCCGUGGAUGAUGCUGGUUGCCUUUUGGACGACUCUUUUGCAGUGCUGAGAGGGCAGAAAGUUUGAGCAUGUCCAGACACCUAGGUCUUUUUGCGUGUCCACUUCAUUUAGUGGAACCCCAUUUAUGGUGUACUGAUGUUUUGGGAAACGCAAGACUAGUCGCAAGACUACACAUGCAUAUUCUACGUGAGCAUAGGAAAAAGAGUCUGUUGAACAUUAAACCACAGAAAAGUUUCUGCGACCCACAGAGCACGAUUAAUGAAAGUCCUCAUAUACUCCAAGGAAUUUGUGCAGACCUACAGCAUGAAAGACAAAACUUUUAGAUAUAUGUUUACCAAGAGGGCAAUUUUCCCUAAGACUAAAUCCCUAGAAUGUACUUUAUCGUAUAUACUGCGUUUGCUUCCAUUUCACACAUGGUCAUAAAUAGGAGUGUAAGUAAAUAUUCCCUUCCUACCAAUGACCAAAGAAUCAUGUUGGGUAUGCAAGACUGCCAGCAGUGUUAAAGGGCAUAGCCCCGUGCCUCUGUCUUUCUAUAAUUCCAUGCUUGUAGUGUCGGGAGUAUUUAUUUUAGCAAUGCAAAUCACUCGUACGCAUACUAGCUGGUGAAACAAGAUUAUCGCAGAGGAAUAGUAACUCUUCGGAUAUUUUUACGCACAAGGACACUGGCGUGGAAAUUUCUCAAUUCGCUGUCUAUAUUCCUUCUAGGAAGCAGCUCACUAACAGUCAUAGAUGGAAAUGGUAUGGUUUUAUUUCCAUGAAUUUUGGUUUUUCAACGUCAGGGCUGUAUGUGUGCAAACCAUGUGCUUUUAAUUUGAAUCUUCUUAUGCGUCUUUAUUACUAUGCUUUACAAUGUUGUCUCGUAUUCAGCUUUCUUGCACCAAAUUUUAAGUGGAUGACCUACAGACUUUAGAACUGUUUCGUCUAGGUCCUCCGUGCUACUGCUGGUUGAGAUUUUUAAGUGCUCUCAAGAGCGCAGUAACCGUCCAUCUUCCAUGCGAUACAAUUUGGUUAUCGUAUAUUGUUGUUCUGUUACCGCUAAUACGUUAUCCCUCCCAUAGGUCCCUGUUGGUUUCUCAGUGGUCAGUAUAAGAUAAAACACACACGAAUAACUUUCAGAGGGACUCCAAAAACCCAAGCUGUUGGUCUAGGCCAAAGUUUCAUGCAACUACAAGCACCCACUGAAACCUACACAUUCUCAGGUUUAUGCAUUUUGCCAUGUGGUUUCUCCACUGGUUUGCCUGCAUGAUGCCCUUGCUGUCGCCUGAUAUUUUUACAACAUUUGUGUUACUUCAUCGAGUUUUCGAUCCCUGCUUACCAUGUUCUUCUAUCCCCUUAUUUGGUUCCUGAUUUUUGGCCCUAUUUGCCUCACUAAAUACCUCUACUCCAUUUUAGGUGCUUCCUCAGAACUGUACAAAUUAGCAAAACCUCAAUGAUCGAUGCGAAUUCUCAUCGGAAAGACCAUAAACAACCAGGACGAUGAAAUUGACAAUGCCGAAGUGAUCAUUUAAGUUAGAAUAAGAAUUAAGCUUACUUUAAAUAUUGUUUGAUUUGCGGAUUUCUAGGCAGCCUUAUGCUUUCCAUAACCUUCACAUGCACUUGGACUUUGCUACUUUCGUGAUUCGUAAUAUCAGACAGCCCUAAAAAAUCACUCAGGUUAAGGGCCCAAUGGCUCAGAACUCGGACCCGAACGAAGUUUUGGCGAACUUUAAAAUUGUGCUAGUAGGUAACAGUGGUGUUGGAAAAUCGAGGUAGGGUGAAGAAGAUUUUAUAUGGCCAGCAUUCUAGAGCGGUUUAUAUUUGACACAUAUGAUGGUCAAAAACCAGUCACAAUCGGUAUUCUGCUCUUCAUAUGUGACCUGAAUUUUUACUCAUUGUAGGUGUGGAUUUUCACUCAAAGAAUGUUACGCUUUCCGACUCUACAGCUAUUCGAGCCUCUUUUUGGGCAAGUUUACUUUUCUUGGCGUCCAUGUGA